GGUUGUAGUGGUGGUAGUGGUGGCGGUGGUGGUGGAGGUGCGGGUUGUGGUAGGAGUAGUAGCACUGGUGGGGAACGUAACGGCGCUGGCGGUGCCACUGCCAACGGCAGUGGUGGUGGUAGUUCUGGUGGUGGUGGCGAACUCGCGGAGAAGGAGGAGAGGACACCAGCUUCAGAGACUGUCGAGCCGACGGCCGCGUUUGACGUCGCAUCCCUCGUACUCUACGGCUCGCGCGCACUACCGAUACGCCUUAAGAUCUUGCUCGAUCAGUUGUUCAACCAGUUGCCCCACGCGCAAGUGACACGUCUCCUAGCCGCCUUUGGCUGGACCUACGAGGAUUAUACACGAGGAUACAUACUGCAGGAAGAUGAGGAUAAGGAUGAGGAUGAGGAUGUGGAGGAGACCGUUCGUGUUGUUGGUAAAAAUCGGCAAGAUUCGCAGAACGGCCCGGUGCUGGACCGAUGGAGUAUCUGCUCGGCUGAGGAGGAACCGCUGGUGUUGCAGCAGUUCCUCAGGUUCGCCGAGACGCGUCCGUUCGUGCAGCAGUUGCUACUGGCCGCCGGAACGCCGGGGACGGAUGCUAUGUCACCCAGCAGACGACCUUCGCCACCGACGAUGCCACUAGCACACUUGCCACCGCCCUUGCACCUGUUCCAGUGCGGCCUCCCACCGCCGGGUUCGAGGUUGCAACCACCACUGGCGCCACCUCAUCCUCCACCCCCAGUCUCACACCCCUCGAUUUCGCCAACUACGCAGAAGCAUUAUUCGUCAGUUACGACCGGUGGUAAUCCAGGAGUAACGAGUAAUCGAGGGAAUUCACCACCGAGAACUCUGGAUUCUCAUAUGAACGUGUCACCGUUAAACAGACUACAAAGCAUGCAACCUUUUGAUUUUCGUAAACUUGGUACAUUAGGAUUGCCAGCGUUUACACCUUUACCACCUGUACCAUCCACAGAGCAACUAUUACAAAGUCGAAAGUCUAUGAGAAAUCCACAAAGUCCACAUAGUCCGCCCCAUCAUUCGUCCAGCUCGCAAUUACAGAGGCCUCACAUGCCGGUGGCACCGGUUUCAUCGUCUGCGCUUAACUUUGGUCAUCCGCUUUCCGUAGCUGUUUCCUCUGGUACUUUACCACCUACCUUUCCCAGUCAUUUUCCACCACCACCUCCGAUGGUUAAGUCGACCGGUUCUAUUGCCGGUCUGACAGCACCUACGGAUGUCCAUAGUAGCGGUGAAAAGAGUAGCGAGUUUGGCUCAGAGGAAGACGAGGAUGACGAUGAGAACUCUGAUAGUGCAUUGAACCUCAGCAGGCGUGACGCUGCAUCUAAACACGUGGCAGCCGAGCACAGACAUCCUCCACCCUUACCGCUCCAACCUGCACCUUUAGGAAGGCCACCUGGUAUCCCCGGUAGAAAACCUCAUUCUCCUGGAAAAAGACCAACGGGACAAUGGGGUGCCACAGCCAACAUGCCACCAAAUCUAGGCACGCCCUUCAUCAAUCCGACCACCGGUAAGAAGAGAGUACAAUGCAACGUCUGUCUGAAGACGUUUUGCGACAAGGGAGCCCUUAAAAUCCAUUUUAGUGCGGUACAUCUCCGAGAGAUGCAUCAAUGUACCGUCAAAGGUUGCAGCAUGAUGUUUAGCUCGAGAAGAUCGAGAAAUCGGCACAGUGCCAAUCCUAAUCCAAAACUUCACUCGCCGCAUCUUCGAAGGAAGAUUUCACCUCACGAUGGUCGUUCCUCAAUGGCUCACGCGUUAGUUCUACCACCACAGGUUGGGCUUCCCGUACCAGCAACAGGACUCAAUCACUUGCCGUUUGGUUCUUUCCCAUUGUUAACUCCACCAUCCGAGCUGCGUUCACCAGCGUCCCUCUGUGCCUUGGACUUCAAGCAUCUCGACCUGUCUUCAGCGCAGGGCCAAGGUAGACCUUUCGAGGAGCCACUUCAACAGAGAAUGCCCGUGAGCACGGGCUUACCUAGUAGCACGGUUUCCACCACAGUGUCGAUGACUACGAGUUGUGGAACGCCUUCCGUUGCUGCAUCCAUGACCACUACUACAACGACGGCUAGAGGAGGAUCGUUUACAGGUGGUACAACCAGUUGCACGGUGUCACCAUCGACGUCAAUGAUACCCGAAGGAGAAGAAGACGAUGACGACGAUGACGGUGGCAUUGUCGUUGUAGCAGAAGACGAUACGAGCGAUGUACCUACCAGAUUGCAUUCUCGUAUAACUCAAGGCGACGAGGAUGACGAACAACCGGCAGACUUCAGUUUAGCCAAACGACCAAAACUGUAUUUCACCGAUAUGGCUGACGAAGAGAAUAUUAGUAAUAUCGAUAGCAAUGAAGACGACUCUGUGGGUGGCACCGAUCAACAUUCCUUUAGUGCUGGUCAAAACACCCUUAAUUCGAAUACCCUUCUCCACAGCAGGGGUGUACGCAAAAGGAAAUCCCAGCAUCCGACGAGAUGCGCUGUCUUAGCGGAAGUGCAUUCCUCCUCGACGGACGGUGACUCCUCGAACGACGAAGAACGAGUUCAACGACGUAUUUUAACGGACGAUGGAAUUGUUCGAGUAGUCGAUGAUUUCCAAAAUCAACCAGAGGACAUGUCGAUGUCACGUCUCGAAGCAGAAGAACGUAAGGUCUCGCCAACCUCACCGAAAAACCGAGAUGCAAACUGCCGUAACUCACCGGAGACAACUUCGAACAGUGAACAAGAAGGAACAACGACGUUAGAUAGCGUUCGUAAAGAAAUAGCUAAGGAAAAUGUCGAUGAUCUACCUCAGGACGAGCCGAGAGAUCUCAGUUCGAGGGCGAGCAGCGUCAAGUCGCCUAAACGUCAAAUCAGUCCAGAGCCACAAAGUUUACACGAGCCAAACGUUGAACGUAACUCUACCACUGCAGUCUGCGAUUCGGCAUCGGAGUCUCAGGAGCGGGCAAGACAAAAUAUCAAACUAGAAGGAGAAAUACAGGUUGUAAAGGUUGAAGAAAAAAACGUGGUUGCAAAAAAUGAGAUGGAUACGACGGAGGAGAAAAUCGUUCGAAAAAACUCGGACGACCUUAGGAGGCGAGGAGGGGAAGAAGAUGAGGUGGAGGAGGUGGAGGAGGAGGAGAACGAGAGGACGCAGGACGAGGACGAUGAGCCAUUGGAAGAAGUCGAGGAUGAUGAUGAUGAUGAUGAGGUGGACGAAGCGCUGCGCAAUCAGGAAGGUGAGCGUCCCGAUGAUCCCCCCCGUGCCCCGAGCUCGGUCGAGAGCCGUCCAACGACAGCUGACGAGCUCUCCCACGACUCCUCGACCAACACUUUGCGUCAACUCGAGUCCUUGUCGCAGGGUCGCACGAUGAUGCCGUACACCGAGACGCAACGGGUGGCUUCGAGGUCUGGCCGCGGCUCUACCAGCCCCGUCAGCCUCACGACGCACCAGGAGACCACCAUGGACAACUCCUCACAUGGCUCUCGUUCAUCCAGCGCUUCUCCCUCCACAGCGGCCAUGGAUAUGGACAAUAGCCUGAUAACCUACGCGAGAUACGAGAAUGGUGGCUUCGUCAGUACCCAGGAGGUUCCACUUGAUCGUGACAAUCCACGGCGUUGCACGGCCUGUGGCAAGGUCUUUCAGAAUCACUUUGGUGUGAAAACCCAUUACCAGAACGUCCAUCUGAAGCUGAUGCACCGUUGCAGCGUCGAUGGUUGCAACGCGGCCUUCCCAUCCAAGAGGUCCCGCGAUCGGCACUCGGCCAAUCUCAAUCUUCAUCGGAAGUUGCUCUCGACAUCUUCGAGUCCACCUCUUUCGUCAGGUAGCUUGCCAUCCAGCUUGUCGCCGCGGGUAGAUGAUACUCCAAUGAGUUCUCUGCUGCACAACGAGAUUCUUGCGAGACUGUACACUGACGCGGGUGCUGCUGGGAUCGGAGCUGCUGCCGCUAUUGGUACGGGCAUUGGUCCACUUGGUGCUUAUCCUCUGACACCUAGGCUUCCACCAUCUGCGAUGGAACUAGCUGCUAGGAUACCACCGCCCCAUCCGUUGCUUUUACCACCUCAUUUGGGGGCCACGUUUCCAGGCUUAUCCACUUUUGCCUCGCACCUGGCUGGUCUGAAUGGUUUGACUCAUCAACAUUUAAACCACCUGACGAGAUUCUCGCAGGAACAAGCUACCAGACAACCCUCUCACUCAGCCUCACCUUUAUCAUCUCCUGGCUCGGAUGAUAGAAAAGAGGAAGCCAGAUGUACCGUACCAGGUUGCGAUCGUGUCUUUGGUUCGAGAGCCGUUAGAGACGCACACUCGAGGGAUCCCCAGGCUCAUCGUGAUCUGCCAAUUUUAUCUACUAGCGGCUCGUGACCGUUUUUUUGCCGCAAACGCGACUACUACCCCUUACUGUGAUGCCAAAAUCCUAAACGACGAUUCCGAUCGAUCGCCGAUCAUGUUGAUCUCCCAGGGUAUCGUCCACCCGCACUAUCGUCUCGUAUUAAUCCACGUGCAAUAUAAUCAAAUGACAUUUUCAAAAAUAUCGCUGAACAUUCCUUAAAUCUAACUUCAACUUUGAUUACUAGCGUUCUUAUACUUUCUUUCUUCAAAUCGGCUGAUAAUCAUAAGAUCUCAGAAACAAUCGACGUGCUUCGAACCCUCCAAUCUAGUCAACUUGAUAUCUUUAUCGGUGGGUCCACAAGUAGAUGACAAUUCUCUCAUUAAGAGAAUCAACCCGUCCGAUUCGUUAAAUUUCGUGUUUAAUCUUCGUUUGAAGUCAUGGCACGAUAAUAAAGUAAAAAUGUUCAAAGUAUUUUUUGUCAGUGAUAUUUUUGACAGAUUUUUGUCUUAUUUAACAGCUGCAUUAUCAAUUUAUAAAAUACGAUUUCUUCUGUU